GCCAAUAAGAUGGCAGAUUGCUGAGGCGGGCGGCCAAUGCCCAGGGCCGUCUUUGGCCGUUCUCCGCAGUUUGAAACUGUCAGGUGGCUGCCAAGGUAGCAGCUGGGCUUGCUGUGUUCCUGGUGGCGACUGGGCGAGCGGACGAGAGAGGAGAGCCGGGAUUUGCAGGACGGCCGAGACGCAUUUGUGCAGAAUGGCAUCAAAUGAAGACAAAUAUUCACAUCCAGCUGUACAAAAUAACUCCGAUCAAGGCAGUUCUGUCUCUACAGAUCUUCAGGAAGAGUAUGAAGAACUGCUUCGUUACGCUAUAGUGACUCCAAAUAUUGAAUCCAGUGCUUCACAGCCAUCUCAUCCUAAGGGAGAAGCACCAGAUGCUCGAAUUCCUACUGCAGUUGUUCUUCACAAUCAAGCAGGAAAUACCUCUGUAGUAAGAGAAGCUGCAGUGGAAGGUGCAAAAGGAGGCGACUUAAAUAUUUCCAGUCACUCAAGGGCGGAUGGGUCAUCGCCGGUGUUAUCACCAAGGAAGCCUUCCCACCCAGUCAUGGAUUUUUUCAGUUCACAUCAUUUAGGUGACUCUUCCUCAGCAGCAACUAAUUCUACCCAUACAGAUGCCCAUGAAAUAAUUAUAGGUGAUUGUUUUGUUUCUGAUGAAAACCUUCAGAGGAUGGAAAAUGUCCUUGAUCUCUGGAGUUCCAGUCUUAAGACAAACAUUAUAUCUGAACUAAGCAAAUGGAGACUUAAUUUUAUUGACUGGCACCGAAUGCAGAUGAAAAAAGAGAAGGAAAAACACGCAGCACACGUAAAGCAGCUGUGCAGCCAGAUUAAUGACUUGAAGGAGCUGCAGAAAGCCUUCGAGAUUUCCAUUGGAAGAAAAGACGAGGUGAUUUCCAGCUUGUCUCAUGCCAUUAGCAAACAAAAGGAAAGGAUAGAGUUGAUGCGAACAUUCUUCCACUGGCGGAUUGGCCAUGUCAAAUCCAGACAGGAUGUUUAUGAAGGUAAACUAGCUGACCAGUACUUCCAGAGAGCAUUACUGAAGAAAGUCUGGAAGGGCUGGCGCUCCGUCGUGCAGAGGCAGUGGAAGGAAGUGGUGGAGCGAGCUUGUCAAGCGAGAGCGGAAGAAGUCUGCAUCCAGAUUUCCAAUGAUUAUGAGACCAAAGUUGCUUUGUUAUCUGGAGCUUUAGAAAAUGCAAAAGCCGAGGUUCAGAGAAUGCAGCAAGAGAAAGAGCAAUUUGAGGAUUCCAUGAAGAAAGCGUUCAUGAGGGGGGUGUGUGCACUAAAUCUGGAAGCCAUGACUAUGUUUCAGAACAGAAAUGAUACAGGGACUGAUUUCACUAACAAUAAAAAGGAAGAGUGCGGCCCUGGUGUUCAAGGAAGAGAACGCACCGUCCACCUGGACCCCUCGGCCUUCGCGGCUCAGCUGCUGCCCUCUCCGCCCUCAGGGGCAGCCAGCACCACUGCGGUGCCCUCCGCCACCUCCGUGACAUCCGCGGGGACUGCAUCCGCGCCCUCUGGGAGUGCCCACCUUCCAACUUCCACCCUCGGCCUCGGGACCGCGGCUGCUGCUGUGUCUGAGGAAGUGUAUGUGCCAAGAGUUGUGACCUCAGCACAGCAGAGAGCUGGGAGAACAAUCACUGCCCGGAUCACAGGGAGAUGUGAUUUUGCUUCAAAAAACAGAAUUAAUAGCAGCUUAGCUAUCAUGGGCGUUUCUCCUCCCAUGAGCUCAGUCAUUGUGGAGAAACAUCAUCCAGUCACAGUGCAAACCAUUCCCCAAGCAACUGCUGCAAAAUAUCCUCGGACCAUUCACCCUGAAAGCAAUACCUCAGCUUCCAGGUCUCUUGGAACCAGAUCGACCCACACCCAGUCUCUCACCAGCAUUCAAUCCAUAAAAGUGGUUGACUAAAGUGAAUACAUUCAGAGUGAAGUCCAUUAAGUCUUCUGGUUUCACCAAGGGUUGGAAAUCGGUAGGUUUUAACACCUCCAUAUUGUUAGAACAUGCUGGAUAUGUCAUGUUCAUCUUAGCAGAAUUGUAAGAGACUGUUUCAAACUGUAACAUCCUUUGUAACUAAAUGUAGAGGUUAUUUUAAUGUUAUUUUUAUUUAAGCAGUUAAGUAAAACUUUUUUAAUUAAAAAAGAAACUUUUUAAUA